AUGUCAUUUCAAAAUAAAGAUAAUAUAAAAAAAAUUGAAAAACCAAAUUAUGAAAUUAAAGGUUUAAUAGAUAAUAAUAAUAAUAAAGAAAUUAAAAAAAGACCAUAUAUAAAUAAUAUUUUAGGUAUGAUUUAUGGAAAUUGUUUAGGUGAUGCAUAUGGAUUAUCAACAGAAUUUUUAAAUAAAGAAAAAAUUAAAAUUUUAUAUCCAAAUAAAGAUGAAUUCAUUGAUUUCCCAGAUUAUAUUACCAAUAAACAUAAUUCACGUUGGGAUAAAGGUGAUUGGACUGAUGAUACUGAUCAAAUGAUAUUAAUUAUGCAAUCAUUUUUAAAUAUUAAUAAAAAUAAAAAAGAAUCGUCAUCAGAAUCAUCAUCAUCAUCAUCAGAAUCAUCAUCAGAAAAAGAAAAAGAAGAAAAUUAUUAUAAUAGAAUUAAUUGUUUAGAAUUUGCAAAACUUUUAAAUAAUUGGGUUGAACAUGGAUUUUCAGAAUUAUCAGAUCAAUGUGGUAUGGGAUUAGGUCAAACUGUUGGUAGUGUAGUUUUUAAUGAUCAUUUUUUAAAGAAUCCAACACUAGUUAGUAAAUAUGUUUGGUUAUCACAAAAUAAAUCAAUGGCUGCAAAUGGUUCAUUAAUGAGAACUUCAAUUAUAUCUGUAAUGGAUUUUUUAAAUCAAAAAAUAGUUUUAGAGAAUGCAAUUGAUUGUUGUAGAAUAACUCAUUAUGAUAGUAGAUGUAUUAUUAGUUGUAUUGUAUAUACUCAUAUAAUUUCAACAAUAUUUAAAAAUAAAUUUAAUAAUAAACAAGAAGUAGAAGAAGAAGAAGAAGAAGAAAUAGAAGAAGAAGAGGAAGAAGAUGAUAAUCAUAUUAAAAUAAUUGAAGAUUUAAUUAAACAAAUUGAUCGAAAUGGUUUAUAUGAAAAUAUUGCAGAAUUUCAUUUCAAUUCAAAUAAAAUGGUUGAUGAUAAUUUAAAACAAGAUUAUUUAAAACAGUUUAAUACUUAUAUGAGAGCAAAAGAAUGGGUCGAUUUAGAAUUAGAUGAUUCAACUUCAAUUGGUUAUGUUUAUAAAUGUUUAGGUAGUUCAAUUUUAACAGUUAGAAAAUAUUUACAAUAUUAUAAAGAUAAGAAAACUAAAGAUAAAUCACCAUCUUAUUUAUUUAGAAAGGUUAUGAAUGAAUUAAUUAGAGAGGGUGGUGAUUCUGAUACUAAUGGUGCUGUUGCUGGUGCUUUGUUAGGUUCUAUCAUUGGUUAUUCAAAUUUACCAAAAGAUAUGUUAUUAGAAAUGCCAAAUAAAUCUUGGUUAGAUGAUCAAGUCAUUGAUUUCAUUGGUUUGAUUGAUUCAAGAAUUAAAAACUCUAAAGUUAAACAAUUUACAAUUGAUAAUAAUAAUUUCAAUAAAUUAAAUUUAUCAUAUUUAAAUGAAACUGAUUCAAAUCCUAAUACUGAUUUUUUAAAUCCAAAUUUAAAUCCAAAAUCAAAAAAUGAAAAUCCAAAUAAAUCUGAAAAUGAAAAUUGUAUUAUUCAAUAA